AUGGAUGAUUUAAAUUUAAAUGAAGGUGCAUAUAAUAGAAUUCAAAAUGUUUUGGAUGCUUCAAAAACAGAGAAUAUUAAUUAUCCAGAAAGCUGUUUUAAAUCGAUUUAUAGCCCAGCAACAUUAAUUAACAAUUGGCAAGAAUUCAGAAAUGAUAAUGAAGUACCUGUCACGACUACAGAGCCAAUGAUUUCAGAACAUAUGGACCAAUUUAGAUGUCAAUGUGAGAGCAAAGUUCCUGAUAGAGGAGAAUAUUAUAAUAAAAUUUUUGAAGGAUAUGGUCUUGGACAAGAGUUACUAAUUGAUCAUAUGGGAUUUUCUUAUUAUGGGAAUUACACAACCACUUAUGACUUGUGCUUCAAUCAUUUACCCAAAGGGAUUUGUGGACCUUAUCCUAGAUUUUAUCACAAGGGAAAGUAUAAACCAUCGACAGAUUUAACUUUGAUAUAUGGAAACCUUACAAAUUGGGGUUUAAGAGAAAGACUUCAAAAUAUUGAUGACUGA